AUGGUGUGGGGGGGGAUAGGUUUUGGGGUGAGAAUGGGUAGGGGUGUGGUGGUAGUGUUGGGGGAAUGUGGGUGUUGGUUGAUGGGGUGUGAUAGUGGGGGGGGGGGGGGUGGGUGGUUUUUGUUGUUGUUGGGUUUGGGGGGGGUUGGUUUUUGGUGGUGGGGGUGGGGUUUGUUUGUGAUGGUUGUUUUUGUGAUAUUGGGUUGGGUGUGGGGGGGUUGGUUUGUGUGUAUUUUGGGGUGGGGUUGUGGUGGUUUUGUUGUGUUUGUGGUUGUUGGUUGGGUUGUGGGUUGGGUUAAAUUUGUUAGAGGGAGGGGUUUUUUUUGUGUGUUGGGGGGGGGGGGGUGUGAGGGGUGUGGGUGUGGUUGGUGGGUGGUGGGGUUUUGGGGGGAGUUGUGUGGGGGGUGGGGUGGUGGGUGGGUUGGGGUUGUGUGUUUGUGGGGGGAGGAGAUUUUGGGAAGGGUUGAAGGAGAGGAUAGGGUGGGGUGGGGGGGGGGGGUAAGUUGGGUGUUUGGUGUAUAUGGUUGGGGGGUGUGGGGGGGGGGGGUAGGGUGGGUGUGGGAAUUUGAAGAUGGGGGGUUGGGGGGGUGGGUGUUGGGGGGGAUUUGGGUGUUUUUUUUUGGGGUGGGGGUGGGGGUUUGGGUGAAGUUGGGGGUUUGGGGUAUUGGGGUUGGGGGGGGGGGGUGGGAUGGGUUAUGUGGUGGGGGGGGUAGGGGUUGGGUGGUGGGUGGGUGUGGGGGAUUGUGUGUUUGUGGUGAUUGUGGUGGGGGUUUGGGGGUGGGUGGGUGGGUGGAUAUUUUUAUUAUAUUGAUGAUUAUUAGGUGGGGGAUUGUGUGUGGGGGGGGGGGGGGGUGUGUGUUGGGUGUGGGGAGUGGGUUGGGGGGUUAUUGGUGGGGGUUUAGGGGGUUUGGGGGGGGGGUGGGUGUGGGGUGGUGUGGUUGGGUUGGGGGGGAUGGUGGAAUUGGGUUUGGUUUGGGGGGUGGGGUUGGUGUGGUGUGUGGGUUGGGAUAUGUGUUGGGGGGGGUGGGGUGUGUGUUGUUUGUGUGGUUGUGGUGGGGGGUAGUGGGGGAUUUGGGAUUGGGGGGGUUUGUUGGGGAGGUGUUUGUGGUUUGUUUGGUUUGGGGUGAGUAUUUGUGGGGGGGGGGUUGUGGGGGUGUGGUUUAUGGUGUUAUGGAGUGGUUUAGGGUGGUGGGUGAUUAUUGGGUGAUGGGGGGUAGUGGGUGGGGGUGUUUUUGGGGGGGGGGUGGGGGUGGGUGGGGGGGGGUUGGUUGUGUGGUGGGUUGGUUGUGGGGUGUGUGUUGGUGUUGUGUGUAUUGUGUUUGGGUGGGAGGUUGGUGUGGUGGGGGGGUGUUGUUGGGUGUUUGGUUGGGGGGGGUGUAUGGUGGUUUGUUGUGGUUGGGGUUUGUUGGUUUGUGGGGGUUGAGGGGUGUUGGGGGUUGGUGUGGGUUGUGGUGUGGGGGGUUUGGGGGGGUGGUGGGUGUGGGUUGGGGGGGGUGGGGGGGGGGGGGGGGGGGGGGGGGGGGGGGGGGGGGGGGGGGGGGGGGGUGGGGGGGGGGGGGGGUGGGGUGGGGGGGGGGGGGGGGUGGGUGGUUGAGGGUGGGGGUGGGGGGGGGGGGGGGGGGGGGGGGGGGGGGGGGGGGGGGGUUUGUGGGGGGGGAUGUGGGGGGGUGUGGGGUGGGUGGAGUUGGGGGUGGUGGUUUUGAGGGUUGUUGGGGGUGUGUGGGGUUUGGGUGUUGGGUGGGGAUUGGGGUGUGGUUGGUUGGGUUUGGUUGGGGUUGUAUUGUGGUUUUUGGUGGUUGUUGGUGGGGUUGUUUGGGGUGUUGGGUUUGGGUGUGGGUGGGUUUUGGGGGUGGAGAGGGUGUGGUGUGGGGGUGUUGGGUGGUUGGUGGGGUGUGGGUUGUUUUGGGGGUAUUAGGGAUGAAUAAUGGUGAGGGUGGGUGGGGGUGGUGGUGGGGUUUUUUGGGUUGGUGGGGGUGGGGGGUGGGGUUUGGGUUGUAUGUUGAGGGGUUGGGGGGGUGUGGUGGGGGUGUGGGUGGGGUAUGUGGGGGUGUUGGUGGUGGUGUGGGUUUAUGGGUUGUGUGGGGGUUUUAUGAUGUGUGGGGGGGGGGGAUGUGUGUGGUGAUGUUUGGUGGUGUGAUAGGGUGGUGGGGGUGGGGUUGGUUGGAGGGGUUUUGUAUGUGGAGGAUUUGGUGUAGUGGGGUGGGGGGGGGGUGUUGGGAGUUUGGUGGAUAUGGUAGGGGGUUAGGGGGGGUGGUGAUGGGGGGGGUAGGGGGGGGAUGGGUGGGUGUUAAGGGAUGGGGUGGGGGGUUGGUGGGGAGUAGUGGUGUUUGGUGUGGAUUUAUGGUUAGGGGGGGGUGGAUGGGUGGUGUGGGGGGGGGGGGGGGGGGUUUUGUUUGGUGGGUGGGUUGGGGAGGAGGUAGUUGGGGGUGGUGGGGGGUAGGUGUGGGGUGGGGGGGGUGGGGGUUGGGGUGGGGUGGGGGUGAGGGGUGGGGGGUGGGGGUUGGGGGUUUUGGGGUGUUGUGUGUUGGGGUGGGUGGGGGUUUGUGGGGGUGUUGGUUGUAUAUGGAGGUGGGGGGGGGGGGGUGGGGGGGUGUGGGGUUUGUGGUUUGUGGGUGGGGGGGGGGGUGUGUGGGGGGGUGGGUGAUGUGGUUGGUUGGGGUGGGGGUGUGGUUGGGGGUUUGGUUUGGGUGGUGGGUGGGUAGUUUUUUGGGGAGUGGUGAGUUUGGGGGGGUGGGUGUGGUGGGGGGGGGGGGUAUGGGGUGGGUGGGGGGGGGGUGUUGA